AUGUGCGCCGAUGACAACAAGGCCGUCGAGGCCGUCAACAAUGACCACCUAGUUGAAUCAUCCGACCCUGAACAUCCGGCGAACCUCAUCCCGGAGCUUUGCCGCCGAUUUUACAACUGGGGAUGGGUGACCGGCACUGGCGGUGGUACCUCUAUUCGUCAUGGCGACCAUAUUUUCAUUGCUCCAUCCGGCGUGCAGAAGGAAAUGAUGAAGUCCGAGAACAUUUUCGUCAUCCAGUGGCCGACCAAGAAGUACCCUGCAACAGAGCGCAACUACAUCCGCAAGCCCCUCAAAUUGAACCCAUCCGCUUGUACCCCUCUGUUUUUGACGGCUUUUGAGCAUGGCGCCGGCUGCUGCAUUCACACCCACUCACAAUGGGCUGUUCUGGUUACUUUGUUGGUGGAGCGCGAGAAGGGGCCUGAUGCUUGUUUCGAGAUCAACAACAUCGAACAGAUCAAGGGUAUCCCUCGUGGCAAGGACAAGGGAAUGCUUGGGUUUUUCGAUACCCUAAGCAUCCCAAUUAUCGAGAAUACUGCCUUCGAGGAGGAUCUGACCAGUGGCUUGGAAGCUGCAAUGGACAAGUACCCUGACACAUAUGCGGUGCUUGUGCGCAGACACGGAAUCUAUGUCUGGGGUGACAAUGUCGCCAAGGCCAAGACUCAGUGUGAGUCCUUGGACUACCUGUUCCAGCUGGCGGUCGAGAUGCACAAGCUGGGCCUUCCAUGGGUCAAGUAA